GUGGUUUGGCAGCUCAGCCAAAAUACAAGGUUUCAGCAAAUUUCAUCUUUUGUGUUUCAGGAUUACAAUGAUGAAAUUCGUCAGGAGCAGCUGAGGGAACUGUCGUAUUUGAACGGUUCUGAGGAUUCAGUACGUGGACGGGGCAUUCGAGGAAGAGGGAUCCGUGUGCCACCUGCAGCUCCUUCAAGGGGACGUGGGGGUGCAGUUCCUCCCCCCCCGCCCGGACGAGGUGCCCAAGCUCCCAGAGGAACGCCAGUGACCCGCGGACCCCCCCCCGUCCCACCGGUGGCCAGGGGCGUCCCCACCCCCCGAGCACGGGCUGCCCCGGCUGUCCCGGGCUACCGACCGCCCCCACCGCCCGCGCACGAGGCCUACGAGGAAUACGGAUACGAUGAUGGAUAUGGGGGUGAAUAUGAUGAUCCAAGCUAUGAGGCAUAUGAUAACAGUUAUGCCACCCAAACACAAAGUGUGCCUGAGUAUUAUGACUACGGUCACGGAACAAGUGAAGAGGCUUAUGACAGCUACGCACAAGAAGAAUGGGCCACAACCCGUUCCAGCCUAAAGGCACCACCUCCAAGGUCAGCCAGAGGGGGUUACAGGGAACACCCCUAUGGUAGAUAUUGAAGGUCCUCCUCAUCUGUGACCUCAUCUCAAAGACAGUUAAUAGCCUGUGGUCUCCACAUAAACAGCAACAAGACAAGUAAUAGUCCAUUUCUUUUCUAUCCUAGGGAUUACUGCUCAUUAUUAUCCUAUGUACUAAUUGUAUUUCCUAUAACAUUCAAGUGACAUCAUUGGCAUUAGUAGUAUUUUAUAACACGGACUUAAAAAAACAGAGACAAAACACUUUUGGCAAGCAUUGUCUAUAAACCAUUCAAAGGUGAUGUUCUGUUGGUUGUAUUCAUUGCUGUGUGUAACUUAAAAAGCAUGACACUGUUACAGAUCUUGAGUCUCUCUACAUACUAGCUAAGGCUGAGUUUUUGUUUAGGGUUGCUGAAAGACUGUAAACUGAAGUGCUUUUUUUCCUUUUUUUUUUUUUUGAACCAGACAAUAAUCAAGCUGUAGAUAAGAUGUUUUAACCUGUCUUUUUUAAUAUAUGUUAGUUUAGAUUAAGAUGUUCAAUAUUAAGUUUGUAAAUUUAAUUUUAAAUGCUGUUUUAAUGGGGUUGAAAACAAGCAGCUACUGUAUGUAUGUAGCUAACUGAAUUUGUUCAGUGUUUUAACCUGUAUUUGUUAAAAAAAAUCACAUAAAGUUCCAUGUGUAAGCUUCUCUAAAUAGGAAACCAUAAUUUUGUCAAAUAUGUUUGCCAUAAUUUGUCAAUAAAGCUGAAACCUUUUGUAACAAACUAAAUUUGGAAUUACUUGUUUUCUAGCUUUAAAUGCCUGCUUUAUUUCUUUUUCAAGAGAUGCCUAAAAUGUUUUUUAUAUAAAAAUUACAAAAAUGAACCCAAGCCUGUUUUAAGAUUUUUUGUGUAAGACUUUAAAAGUUGUAUUAAUAACUUCUGGUUGUUAAAUAAUUUAAAAGUUAACAAUCUAAACUGUUACAUGAAUCAUGGUUAGUAUCCACUAAUGUAUAACAUGUUAAUGGAAAAAUAUGCUUUAGAACAAUAAAUGGAUUUUAAACUAUC